UACUCUUAGUAUAAGUUCUCCUUGUGCUGCUGACUUUGAUUUAUAUUUUGUGUCUGGUGCUGCUACCUCUGAUACUCCUGAUACAUAUCUUGAGUCUGGUGCUGUUGUAUAUUCUGGAUCCG